AGUGUUACAUUGCCCACCCACGCAUACGUUCAUACUUUUUGAUAAAGUCGAUUGAUUUACCGAAUAAAACAAAUAAAUACGACGAGCGGCGACGGAAGGGUUACCUGGAACCGGCGAUACGAAAAAACCGCUAUCGCCGCCCUCCAACCAACCCCCGGCCACGCCACUUAUCUGCCCGUGGAGCGCCGAAGGAUGUCCGCUGUGGAGGCCGAGGUUCUGCAGAAAAUCGAUCUGAUUGAGCCAACAACCGGAAAAUUGUUUUUCGAGCACAAAACUGAGCUGCUUUUUUGCCGGCCACAUCUGAUGCCUCUGAAGACGCAGGCGCUGGAACGUCUAGAGGAAAUGCAUCGGGAUACCGCUCGACAAUUGCAGAAGAAACGCCAACAGAAGAAGUCCACCACGGAGCCCACAGGCUCGCUAUGAAUUAGUCCUGCUUCGAAGUCUCACAAGUCGUCAUAAGCACACAAUUCACUAAAAAGCACAAGAACCCAGCACUCUAGCACUUGGAUUAGGAUUACAAUUUUUGG